AUGGACAGCAAGCGGUCACCAUGGAGAGGGUCCCUCCUCCUGUUGCUGGUGUCAAACCUCCUGUGCAAGAAUGUGGCCUCCCUGCCCAUCUGUCCCAGCGGGGCUGUCAACUGCCAGGUGUCCCUCCGAGACCUGUUUGACCGUGCAGUCAUCCUGUCUCACUACAUCCAUAACCUCUCCUCGGAAAUGUUCAAUGAAUUUGACAAACGGUACGCCCAGGGCCGAGGGUUUAUCACCAAGGCCAUCAACAGCUGCCACACCUCCUCCCUCUCCACCCCUGAAGACAAGGAGCAAGCCCAGCAGAUCCACCACGAAGACCUGCUGAACCUGGUCCUUCGGGUGCUGCGCUCCUGGAACGACCCUCUGUACCACCUGGUGUCAGAAGUGCGGGGCAUGCACGAGGCGCCGGACGCCAUCCUGUCGAAAGCCAUAGAGAUCGAGGAGCAGAACAAGCGUCUUCUGGAGGGCAUGGAGAAGAUAGUGGGCCAGGUCCAUCCUGGAGUCAAAGAAAACGAGAUCUACUCUGUCUGGUCGGGCCUUCCUUCCCUGCAGAUGGAGGACGAAGACUCUCGCCUCUUUGCUUUUUAUAAUCUGCUCCACUGCCUGCGCCGGGAUUCCCAUAAGAUUGACAAUUACCUCAAGCUCCUCAAGUGCCGGAUCGUCUACGACAGCAACUGCUGACUCCACUUCUGAGAUGGUUCUUAAAGAUCCAUCCCUUGGCAAGCUUCUGUUAGUUGUCGAGCACUUUAAUGCAUGCUUGGGUGUAUGGGUUCCUUCUCAAAAAAAUAAAAGCUGAAUCUUUA